AUGGGAGCUUCUGGUAUUAUUGAAGUUCCUAAAAACAGUGAAGCAUUAUCGAAGCUUUUCUCCGCUCUUCACUCUAAUUUAGCAGUCUGCUAUGCUAAGCUGGAGGAUUGGGACGAAGUCCUUAAAUGUACUGAAGAAUCGCUCCGUUUACAUGCUGCUAAUACGAAGGCACUGUUUCGACGAGCAGCAGCACUUUCUGCCCGCAAUGAUACCGAGGAGGCAAUGGAUUGCCUUAAAAGGGCACAGGAGAUCGAUCCUCACGAUACAGUAACCUUUACUUUUUUAGAAGUGUUAAAUUAUUUAUUUUCUAUUAGCAAUCUAACAGCAGGCUAA